AUGGUAAGUCUUUCAUUGAUUAUUUUUGCUGAGGUUGUCGAUAAAAUGCUUUUAAUUUAUUUUUUAGCUGUUUUUCUCAUUCUUUAAGUCGCUGGUUGGGAGAGAUGUUGUUGUGGAGCUUAAAAAUGAUCUCACGUAAGCCGUUUACUUAAAUACUAUACUUAAAAGGUCAUUUUAAUAUCUUUCCUGAUUUUGAAGUUUUACUUUUUUCUACCAUUAUAUUUAGACUGUUUCUAAGUUUAUUUACUUAUGACUUUGUCUUUACUACCAAAACUUUUAGUAUCUGCGGAACCUUGCACUCAGUCGAUCAGUACCUCAAUGUCAAAUUGAUUGAUAUCACAGUACAGGAUCAAGAAAGAUUUCCCCACAUGAUCUCGGUUAAGAAUUGUUUUGUCAGAGGAUCAGUCGUACGGUACAUUCAUCUGCCUACAGAAGGCGUCGACACCAAUCUACUACAAGAUGCUACUCGAAAAGAAAUCUUACAAAGUCGUCAGCAGGCUAAGUAA